AGAAGAUCAGAGGAGAGAGUGCGCUAGGAAGAGAUAGAGAUAGAGAGAGGGAGAUCCAUUUCAGCGCUUUAUUCUCUUGAAAUGGGAGUCUUUGGCUGUGCCUACGACACCGAGGUUUCUAUAUCCUCUCUUAUAAGUUUCCACAGCCAACAUCGCUUUCUCCGUUACCAGGACUCCAACUUUUCUCUACUUAAACCAACAUUUUUGUUCUGGCCCUUCUCAUCCCCCAUUUCCUCUACUCUUAUUAGCUCAAAAAAUCAGAUUUUUAUUCUCCAAAGCAGCCCAAAAUACUUUCUUUCAUUUCCAAAGCUGUUUUCCUCCUUAUUUCUUCUUCUAAUGUAGAGCUUAUCUACUAAGAAAUCAGCUAAUAAUAGGCUGCAUGAAGGAGCACUGUAACAAUGAGGGAUGAGAAUUCUGCGAAAAGCAAGUUAUCAUGGUCUAGGACCCUGGAAUUUGCCCUGGUAAGGAAAUGGUUCAAUAUUAAGAGCAAAGCACGGGAUUUUCAUGUUAAUGAUGGUGUUGGGAGGAGAGAUAUAUACUGUAGGAAGAAUCCUGAUCUACGUUGGCAAACAAGAUUUGAUUGUAAUGAAGCUCAAGUCACUGAUACGAAGGAUUGCAGGAUGUUUGUCGCGACAUGGAAUGUUGGUGGAAAAUCCCCACCUAGCUGUCUGAACCUUGACUGGCUUCAUUCUUCACCUCCUGCUGAUAUUUAUGUCUUAGGUUUUCAGGAAAUAGUCCCUCUUAAUGCUGGGAAUGUCCUGGGAACAGAAGACAAUGGCCCAGCAAGCAAAUGGAUUUCUAUCAUUAGGAAGACAUUGAACAAUCUUCCUGGUUCUUGUGGUUAUGACCUUGACAUCGGUUCAGAUAGUUUGGGUUCAUCAACAGGGCAGAAGAAUUUGUCUUUCUUUCACCGCCGGUCUUUACAGUCUCUCAACCAUAGCUCAAGGAUUGAUGGUGAUGUGAUCGAUCAUCAGGCCGCCAUAAACCGUCGGUUUAGUCUAUGUGAUCAAGUCAUUUUUGGUGGCAGACCGAGUGAUUUUGAUCCUAGCUUUACAUGGGGUGUUUCUUCAGAUGAUGAAAAUGUCAGAGUUGACUCACUAGAUACUUUACUCUUCUCGCCAAUCUCCUGCGGCUAUGGAGUUUCGACUAAUAUGGAAGAUAGAGAGAGAUGUGCAGGGUUGUCUAGGUAUUGUUUGGUUGUGAACAAGCAAAUGGUUGGAAUAUUUCUCACAGUGUGGGUUAGGUGUGAAAUAAGAGAUGAUGUAAAGAACUUGAAGGUGUCUCAUGUUGGCAGAGGGCUGAUGGGUUAUCUUGGAAAUAAGGGUUCAAUUUCAGUCAGCAUUUCAUUGCACGAGACAACCUUCUGCUUCAUCUGCAGCCAUUUAACUUCUGGGCAAAAAGAAGGAGAUGAACUCCGAAGGAAUUAUGAUGUACUGGAGAUUCUAAGGAAGACAAGAUUUCCACAAUUUAGUGGGCAAGGUGAUGUAAAAUCUCCUGAAACAAUAUUAGAACAUGAUCGAGUAAUAUGGCUUGGAGAUUUAAAUUACAGAAUUGCUCUUUCUUAUCAAUCAACCAAGGCUCUAAUUGAAAUGCAGAAUUGGAAACUGCUGCUUGAGAAAGAUCAGCUUAGAAUAGAACAAAGGAGUGGCCGUGUUUUCGUCGGAUGGAAUGAAGGAAGAAUAUAUUUCCCUCCCACUUACAAAUUUUCGACUAACUCUGAUCAUUAUUCUAGUUAUGACAUACACCCAAAAGCGAAACGGCGAAAACCUGCUUGGUGCGACCGCAUAUUAUGGUAUGGAAGAGGACUUCGACAGUUGUCAUAUGUUCGUGGUGAUUCAAGAUUUUCUGACCAUAGACCGGUCUAUAGCAUUUUCGAUGCUGAGGUUGAAUUGAUCAAUUAUGAUCAUCCCAAUAGGAGCAUGAAUUUUAUGAGCUCACAUAUAGAGGUUGAGGAACUAUUACCAUACUCUUUCCACUGCAAUGAAUUCAAUUUCUAUUGAUUGGGGAUGCCAGAAGGCAGCAAGAAAAUGUACAGAGCUCUAGUUAAGGUUGAUCUUUGAAAGAUGGCAGCUUAGGAAAAAAAAAACUUGCAAUGUUGCAAAUCUACUUCAUUGCAAAAUUAAAGAGGCCAUAAUCUAACAGCUAAACAGGUAACAGUCUUACACAUCUUCAAAAUCUACAUUUUUUUUUUUUAUGAUUGAAUAUAUAAUAAUGUAAAUGCACUAGAAGCAGGACAAAUUACUGCAAUUUGUGUUGUAAACUUGGAAAUUUAUAUGAUGGAUCUCAAAUCAUGAAAUAAUUCACUUAACAUACUAGCCAGCAUGGAAGAGUUCUGAGAAAUAUGCCAGACUGGUCAUCAGAUUUGCUCUAGAGGAUGAUUUAGUUAAAUUUUUUUGCUGCACUUAGCAUGCAGAACUCAUUCAGAAGAAAGUUGAUAAAUUGGAAUUUUUAAGCUAACAUAUUAUUUCUUAGUGGCAGGCAUAUAUUUUGUAUAGAAUGAGCAUAAAAAAUAAAUAUGUUUUGGCUACACUGCAUGAACAAUAAAUAUGUUUUGGCUGCAAAAAAAAUUUGCUCCACUUCUACA